AUGGCGACAUCAAAGCAUUUGCUGCUUCUACUGUUGGGGUUGAUAUUUCUAACCGUCGACGUGCUUGGAGCGAGAGUGGCUUAUACUGCAUGGUAUCGAGAAGGCCUUGGUGGUAAGCCAGGCUCUACUAGACGCUACGGACAGUUGAAGGAUGUGGAUGUGGAGCCCCUUCUAGCCCACAUCGAGGAGUGGUCGGGUCGCAAGUUUCAGGCUGAGAGGGGAGAGCACAAUAUCAUCAUCGUGAGGCCGUUCCACCGUACUCGAACAAAGACUCAAGCCAGUGGAGUAGUACAGGAGGAGAUUCAAUUGCUUAAUAACCCAGCUUGCCCAGGCAACAAGCCCAAUAUCCGGACUUGA